AUUUUAUUAUUUUUUAGGAUUUUAUUUACUAUUACGUGUGGGUGGUUCCUAUUGUUUUAUUGAAUUUAUUUAGUUUGUAUUUUAACAUUUUUAACUACCUUAUUUGAAUUUGUGUAUUCGUGCAUAGUUUUCUUUUUUAAUUUACAAUGGAUGAUGACUCUGAAGCGAGAAAACCAAAAAGGCAAAAAACAAGCUACAAGGCAAAAGCCUUUGAAAAAUUUAAACAGCUUAAAAGUGGUGGUCGUAAUAAAUAUGAAAUCGAAGAAGUUGAUAACCUUUAUGAAGUCGUUGAUGAGAGAGAAUAUGCCAAAAAGGUGCUGGACAGGCAAGACGAUGAUUGGAUAGUUGAUGAUGAUGGUAGUGGUUAUGUGGAAGAUGGCAGGGACAUUUUUGACGAUGAUUUAGAUGCUGAAUCAAUCAAUCAAGCCAAAUCCAAAAAUAAAGGUGUUAAAAGGAAAAAAGCUGUCUCUGAUAAUGCACCUAAAGGCAAUUUGAAAUAUAUGCUUUCAAAUAUUACUAGCAAAAAGAAAGAGGAAACACAAAUAGAAGAUGAUAAUAUGCUGUCAGAAAUUUUGGGCGAAAUCGAUGCCUCUCCAUCUACAAGCAAAAAGGAUUCGAAACCUUUUGUCCCUAAAAGUCAGCUGGCUCAAAAUUACCUCAAGAAAUUUUCAAUUGAUAAGAAAACGAAAGCUGAAAAACCCCCAAUUGAUACUGUCAUGGAUGAAGAGAUUGUUGAAAUACCUUUAAAAAAUGUAGACUCAGAAAAGGAUGAAUUAUUGUCGAAUUCAAAACAAGCAACUAAGAUAAUUCCACAGAAACAGAAAGAAGAAGUCUCUGAAUCACAUCAAAAUGAAGAUUUUCAUGAUGCAGAAGACGUCUUUGCUGACGAUCUUGAUUUAGUCCAAAUGGACGCUAUUGAAUCAAAAAUCACUGAAUCUGAGACUGCUGCGGAGCCCAAAAACGAUUCAUUUGAUUUAGCUGCUAUGUUUACGCAGAGCAGCGGCUUCAAUGAAUCUUUGGAAGAAGAGGAAAUUUGUACACCUUCUGUAUCUGAUGAUGAGGCUUUCAGAUUCUUUUGGUGGGACGCAUUCGAAGAUGCCGAAAAACAAAAAGGCAAAGUUUUUCUAUUUGGUAAAACUUAUUGCAGAAAAUCCAAAUCUUACUUGAGUUGUUGUGUUGCUGUAGAAAAUUUAAGCUCGCAGGUUUUCGUGCUUCCACGUCCAUUUAUGCUAGAUGAUAGCGGAAAGCCAACAGAAAAACCCGUGACUUAUCAAGAGCUGUAUAAAGAAUUUACAUCGUUAGUUGCCGACAAGAUGAAUAUUCAAAAUUAUAAAGCCAGGCUGUGUCAGAAAAAAUACGCCUUCGAUCCAACUGUUCCCGCCGAGUCCGACUAUAUGGAAGUUAGGUUUCCAGCAAAUGGCCCCAGAAUCUUUCCGGAAUCCAUCAAAGGAUGCCCGAAAACAUUUUCCAAAAUAUUCGGCGCCUUUUCCAGCACCCUGGAACGAUUCCUUUUGGAGGCCAAACUCAAAGGCCCUUGCUGGUUGGACAUCAAAAAUCCUAUAUUCAAUAAUCAUCCGAUGACCUGGUGCAAAAUUGAAGUCAAAUGUGCUUCCAUAAGAGAUGUGGUUAAAGUUGCAGAAAAUUUACCACCACCUCCAUUGACUGUGGCUACAAUUAACUUUAGGCAUCAUAUAAAUUUAGGUACAAAUCAGCAAGAAAUUUUGAUGGUCUCUUGUGUGACUCAGACGAGUUAUGCUGUUGAUAAGAAAGCUCCUAGGCAGGUGUUUGAUCAACAUUUUUGUGUGUUUACUGGUCCUUCAAAGCAACCUCUUCCCUUAAAUAUCCACGCACAGCUACAAAACUACAAAGGAACUCGUGUACAAAAAAUGGACUCCGAAAAGGCACUUUUAAACUAUUUCAUCAUCCAAUUUGCCAAAAUCGAUCCAGAUUUAAUUGUCGGUCACGAUUUGGUUGGAUUACAAAUUGACAUUUUGGCUAAUCGCCUAAUAAAACGCGAUGUUUCUACGUUUAGUAAACUGAGCAGGGUCAAGCGGGCAGAAAAGGGCCGCUUGGUACAAGAUUUGUUUACCGGACGUUUGGUGGCGGAUUUAAAAAUUUCCGCCAAAGAAUUAAUCAAGUCCAGAACGUACGAUUUGCCAACGCUUUGUCAGCAAGUCCUUAAGCUACGAGAAGACCAAAUAACAGAUUUGGAACCAGACGAGGUUGUAAGAAUGUAUGAAAACACAGAAGAUAUUUUUAAAUUAAUAGAAUAUACAAUGCAAGAUACUGCUUAUAUGCUCAAAAUCUUAUACGAUUUAAACAUUAUUCCUUUGGCAUUGCAAAUAACCAACAUAGCAGGAAAUAUUAUGUCCAAAACACUUAUGGGUGGCAGAUCUGAGAGAAAUGAAUAUUUGCUGAUGCAUGCUUUUCAAGAAAAGGACUAUAUUGUUCCAGAGAAGAAGUUCAAAAGAAGAAGAAACAAUAAUGAUAGCCAACAAGUAGCUAAGAAGAAACCUGCAUAUGCAGGUGGUUUGGUUCUGGAACCUAAAAUCGGCUUCUACGACAAACUUCUUUUACUCAUGGAUUUUAAUUCACUUUAUCCCAGCAUCAUACAAGAAUACAAUAUUUGUUUUACCACAUUACCCACCACAGACGAAGACAAUAAUUUAGUUUUGCCUGAUAAAAAUCUACCUCCCGGCAUCUUGCCUGUGGAAAUAAAAAAACUUGUUGAUAGUAGAAAGCAAGUUAAAAAGUUAAUGGCCACUCCUGAUCUAUCUCCAGAUAUGUGGAUGCAGUAUAAUAUCAGGCAAAUGGCUUUGAAAUUAACUGCUAACAGUAUGUAUGGGUGUUUGGGAUUUGCAAAUUCAAGAUUCUAUGCAAAAAAUCUAGCUGCUCUUGUGACACAAAAGGGCAGAGAAAUUUUAACAAACACCAAAGAUCUAGUAGAAAAAAUGAUGUUUGAAGUAGUUUACGGAGACACUGACAGUAUAAUGAUUAACACAAACUUGCUAGAUUAUGAUCAAGUCCUUAAAAUUGGCAACAAAAUUAAACAGGAAGUGAACAAGUAUUAUAAAAUGGUGGAACUAGAUGUUGAUGGAAUUUUCAAAUAUUUACUAUUAUUAAAAAAAAAGAAAUAUGCUGCAGUCACACUUAAAAGAACAAACGAUGGGCAGUUACAAGAAGAAAAAGAAUAUAAGGGUUUGGAUAUUGUGAGAAGAGAUUGGUCUCGAAUAUCUUCUGAGGCAGGCAAACAAGUUCUGGAGUAUAUUCUGAGUGACCAAACCGAAGAUGAACGCUUAAUUAAUAUACAAAAUUACUUGAGAAAGUUGCGUGAAGAUUUGGAAGAGGGUAGAAUGCCGAUUCAGUUGCUUGAAAUUACCAAGCAAUUGGCAAAAGAUCCUAAAGAAUAUCCGAAUAAAGAUAACUUUGCUCAUGUGUUAGUUGCUUUAAGGUACAAUCAAGAACACAGAGGUCAUCUCAGAGUUGGGGACGCUGUAUGCUACGUUAUUUGUGAAGAUGGCACAAACAACUCGGCCACAAAACGUGGUUAUCAUCCUGAAGAACUAAAAAUCAAAGAGCACCUAAAAAUCGAUGUUAAAUACUACCUAUCCCAACAAAUUCAUCCUGUUGUGGCCAGAUUAAUUGAUCCUCUGGAAGGAAUUGAUGCCGAUGUGAUUGCCGAAUGUUUGGGCUUGGACGGGACUGUUUACAAAAAGGCUGUUGCAAAGAAACCUCAAGAUGUAGGAGAAAAUAUUAUGUUACCCGAAGUGAAAUUUCGAAAUUGUGUUAAGUUUACCUUCAAAUGCCUCGUAUGCCAAGAAGAGAAUAUCGUUAACGGGCCUUUAAACGAAGACAAAGUACCAUUUUUGACGAAAUGCUCUAACCCAGACUGCACAGCUAAACCUAUAGAUUAUCUGUAUCACAUCCAAAAUCAAUUGUGUUUCAAAAUUAACGAAUUCAUAAGGAAAUAUUACAAUAACAAGUUGAUUUGUGAAGAUCCAAGUUGCACCACCGAAACUAACAAGUUGCCAAUCAAGUUUAUGUCGAAAUAUCCAGUUUGUCAGGGAUGUCAGCAAGGCGUUUUGUAUAGGGACUACACUGAGGCAGAGCUGGCUACUCAAUUGGAAUAUUUUGUUUAUAUAUUUAAUCUCGCUAAUUUGAAUAAAAAACCAUUACUUGAAGAUUCCAUAGAACGAGGUUAUCACCAGUUAGUGGAAACUGUCAGCAGUUAUGUAAAAAGAUCUGCCUACUCUGUGGUUAAUUUGAAGGAAGUUUUUGAAAUUCUUGAGAAAAUCGGGUCUGAAAAAUGUAUUCGUUAACAUUAUUAUAGUCCAUCAUUCAAAUUGAGAUUGCAAUUUCAAUUGAUCAAAUUUGAUUCCUUUGCUAUUUUGCACAGUUUUUCUCUAGGGGUAGUCUACAUUUUGAAAUAAAACGGGUAGCUAUUUGCCCGUUGAAUUUUUUAUUUUAUUACAUUGUAUUUUAAGUUUUUAUUGUUAUUUUUUUUUUCAAAUGCUCACCAAGUAUUUCAAAGUGUUAGUCUUGAUUUAUACGCAUUUUUCCAACGUUUUUAAGAUAAAUGAAACAGCAAAUUAUAAACAAAAAUGUAUUUAAUAAAUAAAAAAUAAUUUAACAAUAAUAAAAAUAAAUUAGAUUUUGAAUUAUUUAAACCUAAAAUGGAAUUUUUACAUAGUUUUCUUCGAUACAUGCGAUUGAUUACUUGUAUUACUACUAUUUGACACCGCAACGGAAGCUUCUUGUCUUUGGAAAACACUCGCUAACGAUUUAAACGCGUCCACCACCAACUCAUUAACAAAAUUAAUAAAUUGCUUGGCAACCUCAGCAGGAGUAUCGUAUUCAUUCGGUACAAUACAAUCCACACUGUUUUCAAAAUACGAAAACAAUGGGAACCACACUCGAGUACGUGUAGAGUCUCUAGACAUGAGAGCUUGAUUAUUAGCUAGAGUGUGAUAGUAGAGGAAGAGCCUGCUUGUUAUGUAGAAAGCUACAAAUACGUCGAUGGAAUAAUGCUCGUGGGCAGCUAGGAUGAAGAAGACUCCGAACAUGUUCAUCAUCCAGGAGAGAGUGUGGACAUAGUAGAUGUGUCUUGGAGUAU